AUGGGCUCCUCAGCCCUCCCCAUCUCUCUUCAGGACAAAUUAAGAAAGUCUCAGGGAUAUUCCCGCCUCAAGACCUUAAGUACAAACCUCAACUUUCUCCGUAAUAUUAUCUUCGCUUUAUUCCUCCUUCGCUACCUGCGGAAAUCCUUCUACCUAGUCCGCGGGUAUGGCAUAUUCGGAACUCUCACCAUCGCAUAUUCUCUCUUCCGCAAACGUGCCUAUCAGCUCUUUCUCCGCGCUCCAGGCGUGCGGUCCAAAGUUGACAAGCACGUCGCCACGGCUAUCACUGAGAUCGAAGACAAGCUUGCUCCCCAGGGGCCAGGAGUGACGAGGUAUCUGACCUUACCCAAGGAGCCAUGGACCGGGCAACAGCUGGAUGCGGAGUUGGGUCAAUUAUGUGAGAUGAAAAGGACAAGAUGGGAAGACGGGAAGGUUAGCGGUGCGGUUUACCAUGGCGGAGAAGAUCUGUUGAAGCUACAGGCCAAGACGAUGGAGAUGUUUGGCGUUGCGAAUCCGAUACAUCCUGAUGUAUUUCCGGGUGUCAGGAAGAUGGAGGCGGAGGUGGUAGCUAUGGUUCUUUCUCUGUUCAAUGCUCCACCUCCUGGUGCUGGUACGACUACAUCCGGCGGCACUGAAUCAAUCCUCCUAUCAGUCCUUUCCGCUCGCAAUAAAGCACACGCUGAACGCUCAGUCACAAACCCCGAACUUAUCGUCCCUUCUACCGCCCAUGCAGCCUUCCAUAAAGCAGCAUCCUAUUUUAACAUCAAGAUUCAUGUGGUGCCUUGUCCAGCACCAAACUAUCGUGUCAGCAUACCGAAAGUCAGGAGGCUGAUCAACCCGAAUACGAUUAUGCUGGUAGGUAGUGCUCCCAACUACCCCCACGGCAUUGUUGAUGAUAUUCCUGCCCUCUCCCGCCUAGCAUUAAGCUAUAACGGUGGAAUUCCUUUGCACGUGGACUGCUGUCUCGGCUCCUUCUUGAUGCCCUUCCUCCCAUCCGCUGGCUUCCCUUCCCCAUUUGCCGAGACAGGAGGUUUCGAUUUCCGAGUGCCUGGCGUCACUUCGAUUUCAGUCGACACGCACAAAUAUGGCUUCGCACCCAAAGGCAAUUCCGUAAUCUUGUAUCGGAGCAAGCAGUUGAGACAGUACCAGUAUUUCAUCUGCCCUAACUGGAGUGGCGGUGUCUACGGCUCACCCUCAAUGGCUGGAAGCAGACCAGGGGCGCUAAUUGCAGGGUGCUGGGCUUCUAUGAUGUCGGUUGGGGAAGCUGGAUACAUCGAAUCCUGCCACAAGAUUGUUGGCACACGAAUCACCAUACAGAACGCAAUCAUCGAGCAUCCAAUCCUGAAAGGAAGCCUAAAGGUGCUGGGCGAGCCUAGCGUCAGUGUUGUCGCGUUUGAGUCUGUUGAUCCGGAUGUAGAUUUAUAUGACCUGGCGGAUGGAAUGAGCAGCCGAGGAUGGCAUUUGAAUGCACUACAGCAUCCGCCAGGGAUCCACGUUGCCGUUACCUUGCCAAUGACCAAGGGUGAGGCGGUGGAGAGAUUGAUCAAUGAUCUUGUGGAGGCCGUCAAAGUGGAGAAGGAGAAGGCGGAUGAGAUGAGAAGGAGUGGUACCGGGUUUCAAGGAGAGAAGAAACGUGGCAAUGCAGGGGCAUUGUAUGGUGUGGCAGGAAAGAUACCAGAUAAGAGUGUUGUUGAGAGGUUGGUGGUAGGGUUUUUGGAUACGUUGUACAAAGCAUAG